AUGAUGCGACUUUUCAAAAGACGAGAUUCAGACCCCAAUCCUCAUCUAGAAAGCGUUUCGACCCUUCAAAAUGAAAACUCUAUUGAAUUCGGUUCCAGAUUACCCAAACCUACUCAUCAAAAGCCAUAUUUGUCUACUUGGGGUAAAGCUUGGGACAAAAUCACUAGACAAGAUUCAUUUGAACAAAUCCCAUACAAAAAACCCAUACAUCCAGAGGAAAUAAAAUCCAAAAUAAGCCAAGAAGACAUCAAAAAAGUCUACGAAAUGUACAAAAACGUCAGCAAUAAUACAGACAACUCUGUCCGCAACAGAACUACCACCAGAUCCAGAAGGAAUUUAAAAUGUGUUUCUGAUAAUAUCGAGCUAAAUCAGCAACAGUUUCUGGAUUAUUUGAUGCUGAUGAAGCCCAACAAUGACGAAUUGGACAAGAUUUUUGAUGAACAAAAGACCCCUAAAAAGAAAACUCGCAAGUCAAAACUGAAAUCUAUGUUCACAAUGAGCAGUUCUAGUAAAAGUGAUGAUGAAUCAGAAACCCCUUUCAAAAAAAUGAACCAGAAAUCAUCAUCAACUGAUAGUUUGACCAGCUUGUUAAACUACAUAAUGCCCAAGAGGCGUCAAAAAUCUCCAUUGGGAAAUGGCAAGUUUAAGUCAGAUGAGAGCGGAUAUGGAAGUGACUCUACCAAAACCACAGCUCUAAAUUCGCCAAUUGGUUCUAUAAAGUCGCAGACGAGCCAAGAAGUUGAUACUGAUGCAGAAAUGGACAAAACUCUAGUGGACAAAUAUAGAGAUGUGGAUACUGGUGAUGAUACAGAUACAGCUGACGAAGAAAUAAUGGAUACUGAGACUACAUACACUUUUAGCAAAUUCUAUGCUAGAAGCCCCAUCAAGUCGGCAACGAAAAAACGUGCCAGAUCCAAGUCCCGAGACGAUUCAACGAAAAAUGAAAUCAAAAGACGAACAAUCAAAUUUUCUCCAGAAAAAGAUUUGAACGACUUAAACAAGAAUGUUGAAAAUAUGAAAAUAACCGAACCGAAACCAACUGUUUUGGAAAAAGAAUUCAAAUGUGUAAGAUUGAAAGUGAAAAAACCUGAAAUGGCUGGCAUUAAAAUAUCGCCCUCUAACAAUGGAAAAUCUUACUUUUUAACAGAAAUUCUACCCAAUUCAGUUGCCAGCAAAAACGAAAAUCUAAAAAUCGGAGACGAAGUCAUCAAAGCCAAUGGCAUCCGCAUUAAGGGCCUGCCCUAUCAAACAGCCAAAAGGCACUUUGAACCCAAAAACAAUGAAUUAGAACUUGUAAUUUCUAGAACUUCAAAACCUGUCAAAAAACGUACAAACUCUUUCAAGGCCUUUCUAAAUAAACCUGCUCAAAUUCUGAGCCCCAAAAAAAAUCCAGUCAAAUCUCCACGAAAUAACAACUCAAUUCCCAAUAAAACUCCUAGCAAAUUAUCUUUGAGCAUUUCGCCUAAAACCCUACAAACUUUGAGCCCCUCUAAAUCACAAACUCCUCAAAAAUCUUACGUAGGCCUCAACGAUAUACUGUCAAUGGAGAGUAGAGUAACUUUCAGCGAGAAACCACUCCAAAAAAACAUCAAAAAACCUCCUCUUUCACCAAAAGGAACUUCAGUUUCAAGAACCCCUUCACCAGGAAAUUCACCAUCCUUAUAUGGAAUGAGGAAAUUUUCAUUGUCAAACUCAACAAGGCCACAAAUUACCAAAUGCCUGCCCAUUACUAAUGCCAAUAAAACCCAAAACAAGACUGUAACUUUUAUCAAAGGCCCAGGCAAAAAAAGUCUAGGCUUUUCAAUUGUAGGAGGCCGCGAUUCGCCCAAAGGCCCUAUGGGAAUUUAUGUGAAGACGAUUUUCAAAGAUGGCCAGGCCAGUGAGAACAAAACAUUACAAGCAGGUGAUGAGCUGUUGUCAAUUAAUGGUACUUCGUUUAAAGGCCGAUCCCAUUUGGAAGCUGUAGCUUUAUUUAAGACUAUCAAAUGUGGUCAAGUGAUUGUUGAAGUAGCCAAUAGACAGGGGAAUAGAACUUAUUCACAGUCAAUGUGA